AUGGCAUUUGCACAGCAGCAAAGAAAACCAGCUUAUCGAUCUUUAAAUAACACAGCUUCAUUGUCGUCCGAAGAUUUUUCCGAUAGCCUCAGUGCUACUGAGUUAUCGUCUUCAGUGCAACCAGCCCAUCAUCGUCGCCACCUUCUGCUUCCAUCAGCGGACUCUGAUACGGAUUGGCAUGUUAUAAGCUCAGCUUUACCUUCAUCUUCAUCACCUACUGCAACCACCUUCUCCACAAAGAGUUCAGAAUCAGCCCAGCUAUCGCCUUCCUCCGAAACAGUUGACUCUGCCUCAUAUCAUCGUCAUCGUAUUGCAAUAUCAGAUACGGAAGAAGAACAAGAGUUAGAAAGCUAUUCCGAUUUAGAUAAUAAUGGAUUUAAUGCUACAACUUCUACUACAUUCUUGCCAUCUCAUGACGGAACAGGAACAUUUCUCAUAGACGAUUACUCUGAUCUAAACACCAUCACUAGUGCAAGUGUCAUAGCAUCCGAGGAUGAUGAGGCCGACGACAGUGGAGGAAGUAGUUCAUCCUCACAGAACGAGUUCACAAGAGCAGUCAACAGAUUGCAAUUUUAUUUUACGGAAGAUGAAUAUGACUCUUCAGAGGCAGGAGGAGGAGGUAGUCGUAAAGAGAAAAAGAGCUUUAUAGAUAUAACAAAGCCGUAUGGUGGAAUCAAACCACCUUCAUUUGUGCUGUCCGCUACAACUACUGCUAACUCACGAGCAGCUGCAUUACAAGAUGACAACCAGAAUGCACUGGAUGAAAUACCCCAUUUUCAACCUACAACGGCUGGUAUGGGCUCGCAAGAAUUAACACUAGGAAUGCUAUCAGAUGAGUGUUUGAAAGAUGCCACAUUUUUGUCAGAUGCAAAUAAUCGUACCACCACAGUCACUGUCACCCAUACAAAUGCAAUACGAACAAUGAAUCGUUACGAAAUUCUAAGUAAUAAAAAGAAUGCUCGUACAAGUAUUAGUAUAGUCAGCAGCAGCAGUGGCAGUAAGUAUCGAAAAUAUAACAACACCUCAAGAAGACGGAAGAAUCUUGAUAGCAUCCCUAUUCAUCAUCCUGGUAGCGGGCUUGAAUCUUCAGCAUCAGCUGCUUUCUUAUCACUCGUCUGGAACAGUUUACGGCGACUGACAAAUCACUUGUUGGAAAACGAUGCUAAUACAAUGGAUACUUGGAGCACUCUAGUAUCUGAAGCGGUUUUCGAAGGUUGUAUGCCCUUCAAUUCACCGUUAUAUAUGGAAAUUGACAACGGUAUUACUGCUAGUACUGCUGGUGCUCAUACCGCAGCUACUGCAGCACCUUCCUAUUCAUAUUUUGCUAUAUAA